AUGUUUCGCGCUCGACGCUACCGAGUGCUCCUCGUAUUCGCGGCAGCAUUUAUCCUUGCGGUCCUUCAUUUCGCUCGGUCGCGCGAUUGGGCUGAUACCAUCAUCGAGACUCCUGCGAUACACUAUCCGGAUACUGCAGCUUAUCCAAAAUCCCAGUCCGCGCCGGCCGCGAAGCCCAUCCCUGGCGUCCCGGUGGAAAAAGGAAGCAACCGGUUUGCGCCUGCGGAGCCUGAUUAUAACUCGUUUGGAUCCCACUCUUCUGAGAAUCUCAGUCCGCCGACUAUCUCAGAAGCUCCGUUAAAGGAGGACACUAAGAACUCGGCUUCGUCUUCGGGAGCGGGCUCGUAUAACAAUGCACAGGAGAAGGUUCCAAGCAAGGGGACAGCGAACGGCCUGAAGAACACUGGCUCCAUUUCCAGUGAUGUCUCCAGUGGUAAUAAGCGCCCGCCCGUGAGUUCGGAUUCGAGCUUGAGUGAUUCGAGCUCUGCUCUUCUGGAAGAGAUCGAUAUCGAAGGCUCAGGCAGGGUGGCAACUAAGCACGAACCCGGCGCACCAACCACGCGAUGGAGAAAAUUCCCCGAAAGAUUCCCCGUUUCAUCGGCUGAGCUUAUCAAGCUACCAAAGACAUAUGCGAAGUCCAUGCCGAAGCUGCAGGCCAAGUUUAAGGAUGAGGCGACUGCCGACAAGCAGGAACGAUUGCAGCAGCUCAGCACGAUCAAAGCCGAGUUCAAGCACGCAUGGGAAGGGUAUAAAAAGAUUGCUAUGGGUCAUGACGAGAUCAAGCCUCUUUCAGCGGCAUUUGAGGAUCCAUUCAAUGGAUGGGGAGCGACAUUGGUGGAUUCGCUUGACACCCUAUGGAUCAUGGAGAUGAAGGAGGAGUUCUCGGAAGCAGUCGAUGCGAUUAAGAAAAUCGAUUUCAUGACCUCGGCCAGAGAGGAUAUUCCUAUGUUUGAAACUGUGAUUCGGUAUCUUGGUGGCUUGCUUGGUGCCUAUGAUAUCUCUGCACAGCGAUACGAUGUGCUACUGGAGAAGGCGGAGGAGCUCGCUGAGAUCUUGAUCGGUGCUUUUGAUACACCUAACCGCAUGCCGGUACUUUACUACCGUUGGACACCGGACCAUGUGGUUCGACCCCACAGAGCAUCAUCUAAGGCUGGACUGGCCGAAAUUGGAUCUAUGUCUCUGGAAUUCACUCGAUUGGCUCAAUUGACCCAGCAAGACAAGUACUAUGAUGCUAUUGCACGGAUUACGAACGAGCUAGAGGGGCUGCAAGACCAAACCUCUAUCCCAGGACUGUGGCCCAUGAAAGUCAAUGCACAGGGUUGUGCGAAAUAUAAAGCUUACCAGCAAAUCAACCCUGGUAAUUCUAUCAACAAAGAAGAGCCCCGAGCCCAAGAGCUUUUGGUGGAAACACCAACAGAAACGCAGAACAGCACAACAACGACCGUGGCUCAUAAGCAUUACGCUGCGCCGACUGAUUUGAACAGUUACCUCAACUUGAUCUCACGUGAUGCCUUGAUGGACGAUUUUGCAGAGGCAGAGCCAGCCAACUAUCACAAGAGUUCUAGCUCUGGCAAUCUGGAUAUCGAGGCUGAGGCAGAUCAACCCAAGUGCAAUGGGGGGUUGCUGAUGCCCAACGCGUACCGUGAUAACAAGUAUACGAUGGGAGGAAUGGCUGACUCGACGUACGAGUAUUUGCCCAAGGAGUAUCUCCUGCUCGGUGGUGCGAACGACCAGUACAAGAAAAUGUACACCAAGGCCAUUGAUGCAGCCCGCAAAAACCUACUUUUUACACCCAUGGUCAAGGGUGAACGUGAUAUCCGGUUUAUGGGGUCAACCACCAGCCUGGACCUUGGAAAGAAAACCACCGAUGUUCAGUCUUUGCUGAUGUACGAGAGCCAUCAUCUAACCUGCUUUAUCGGAGGCAUGGUUGCUGUUGGAGCCAAGGCCUUUGGCAUCGACGGAGACAUGGACCUUGCUGCCAAACUAACCGACGGUUGUGCGUGGGCAUACGAAUCGACGACCACCGGUAUAAUGCCGGAGCGUUUCCGUAUGCUACCUUGUGGCAAGGACCGAGCCUGCGAAUGGGACCAGACGCGCUAUGACGACGAAGUCAAGCGUUACGGCCCCGUUCGCGAUUCUGCCGCCGAGGCCCAGUUCCGCAGCGGAGAAAGCACAUACGGACAACGCGUCAAAAUGGUCUCCGACCCAAAGUCAGAAUCCGGAGCCAGCGAUAGCGGCAUGGCUGUUCCUUUACCCAUGCCGGGUUCAUUGAACCCGCACGACAGAGACCCGGAAGUCUAUAAGCGGGAUGGAUUUGGCGUUGGUAGGGAGGCAAAACCAUCUGCCAUCCCCGCACCAGCGUCCACUCCCGGAGCUGUCAGUGAUCUUGAGAAUCGAGAUGCCCCUCGUGCACCCCAGUCAGGCUCCUCUCUAUCCCAAACAGACCGUGACUACCAUCUCCCGGCGGGUAUGGUUAGCAUCGCCUCGCCGGAUUACUACCUCCGACCUGAAGCUAUCGAGUCUAUUUUCAUCAUGUACCGACUCACAGGUGAUGAUGCUUGGCGACGGAAGGGCUGGAAGAUGUUCGAGGCGGUCUCAAAGUACACUCGAACGGAAUUGGCAAACGCUGCUAUCGUGGACGUCAUGUCUUCUAAGCCUGUACAGAAGGAUACCAUGGAGUCAUUCUGGUUGGCAGAAACCUUAAAGUACUUCUAUCUGCUUUUCAGCGAUCCGAGUGUGGUUGAUUUGGAUAAAUAUGUCUUGAACACCGAAGCGCACCCAUUCCAGCGUCCGUUUGGAGUGUAA